CCGGGCGGGGGCCCAUCUUCGGGUGGUGGUGGCAAUGAGGAAGCUAUGCACCUAGCUGCAGCCGCGGAGGAUUAUUUUCCUCCGUGUUUGAUUGUCGACGAAGAGCAGUUACCAGUGCAGUUUCUCUACGUCUUGUCGUUGAUUCCGAAGCCACUAUUGGAAACACUCUGUGCAGGAGGUGCAGAUGAUAAGUCGGACGAGGGUCGUUGUGUCGACUCACUCGAUCUCGUCGAUGAAGACAAUAUCGUAUCUUCUACCGAUCAUCUUCAUGACCAGGACCAGAUAUUACUAGCAGGGCCACCACUUUUAUUGCCUCCUGUUACUCAUCAUUCCGAAGCACUUGCACGACUUUUUCCGUCUCCUCCUGUCCUUCCCCUUCCGCUGAAACGGGUCAUCUGGAUAUUGAACAUCCGGCUGAAGCUCGUGUCCGAUGUUUUCUCCAUUUUGUCGGAGGUGAUGCAGAAGGAAAGCUAUUCGGACAUCUUCCGCUUUCUCGACCACGAUCAGGAUGGUAUUUUAACCAGGACGGACAUUCAAAACGCUCUGGGAAACGCGAAGACCAAGGACAACAAGCCGCUGUUUCGGGGGCAGAUGAAGAAACACGAGCUGAAGGAAAUCGAGGACAUUUUCGUUUCCGGGAACUGCUCGGUAGUGAAAAGUUUCGGAAGGGAAAGCUUCUUCGCGGAUAUAGUUGCUGCGGAUCAUCAUCACGGUGGUCCUCGUGGGGCCCCCGGACGAGCAGCGGUGGAUGAACGCGAGCUGCAGUCAGCUCGUGGUCUUGCUUUUGGAGGUCAGCACGACCAUAUUGAUUUUCCCACUUCUGCCGGUCCCGACCAGGCGGACUUCAAAUACCUCUUUCUCCAGGUGAACGCCUGGCAGGAGUACUGCUUUCACACGAACCAGCAGCUGUUUUUUAUCAACUGCAUCGAAUGUGUCUGGGUCAUCUGAAGUAGAGUGCGCUAUAUUUCUCAUGCACGUUUUGCAUAACCUUAACCCAUGACGUCUGUGAUGCAUGUUCUAGCAGCGCAGGUUUUUUGAGGGCUGUUCGAUGCCUAUGCUGCAAGAGAAAUGCCCUUUUCGCGCAGCAAAAACUGGACUCCUUUUGCUGCUCAUGCAAUACAGAUCAUGCUUUUCGAGUUCAAAGGGAGCGUGACCAGUUGCAGUCGCUCUCCUCCAGACCCAGACGUAUUUGCAUUGCAUAUUUCUGGACGACAUACAGUCUCUCGUUCGACGCUACGUCCGCGAGAAGCGACAGCGUCACUGCGGCCUGGCGCUGGCCUGGAUCAAGACGAAAGACCGAGCGGACUUGCGGAAACAGGACAAGACCUUGCAGAAGAUCUUGGAGCUCAUCGGCGAUAGCAGAUUGCUAUACGUAUGACAAUGCGCAACUCGACGUCCCCCUCCCCCUUAUUUGUCAUGCAAAAUAUCAAAUCAGCCCUACCUUUUUCCUCGCCCAACCCCCGGGGAGGGAAUCCUUGGCCUGUGGCGCUGGGUGCGGGUGUCCACUACAUGAUGACGAUGAAGCACUGCUUGCGUGGCAGGUUUCGGAUGCGCAAACAGAACUAGAAUCGGUCGCAAAUUAGUCAUACAAAAGCUGCAUUUAUGCCACCGCGUGUGUUGCUCUUGCUGCUUUUGCCCUUCAAAUGAGGUGGAGGGGGCGGGGUUCUUGUGCACUCUCAUAAUGCGCGACUCUAGUGCAGUACUUGACGAGCGUGCGGACCUUGGAGGAGGAGAACGACGCAACAGGUGCAGGUGCUGCUGACCAAGCUGCAACUGGUCCACUUCUCGAUGAUGACCAAGAAGGUCGUGUAGGUAGUACCGGAGCUGCUGGUGCCCCUACUGCCAGCCACGCAACAAGAAAGAAGAAUGGAGUUCAAGUUCUUGGAGAAGCCAUGUAUAAUAAUUCUUCGAGAAGUUCUGGUGCUUCACCACGACACGUCGGCCGCGAUUCAUCUUCACAAAAUCAACUUGAAGAUCCCGAAAUGUCAGAACCGGGCUUCACCCGCUGGCGACCAAAAACGAGUACGGACUUCGAGCCGUAUUUGUCUAUGUUGAGGAAUGACCUAUUGAUGAGUUUCGUCGACCGCAAAGUGCUCGAGCCGAGCUUAGAGGGCCGGUGGGUCGUGGAGUUGCUUCCAGCCCGGGAACUAGCGCCGCAGGUGGAUUACUACUGGCGGCAGGCAGUGCACACGUCGGCUGCGGGUGCGGGUACAACAACUGGCAUAGCUUCAGGCACAACGAUAUGGGACUGUCAACUGUUACAUUUUCGACUCCUGUUACAUGAGCUUGUAAUUGCACAAGUAUGAGCACACUUCUCCUGUAUUCGCAAUUGUGUGUUUCAACUUUUUAUAUCUUUUCUUCUCAAAGUCAAAAGUAGUCAAAGGGGGAAGUUGUACCCCUAGCAUUACAAGAUUCUUGUAACAAGAAACUCCGCACAGAUUUACUACGUGCUGUUUAGCCCCCCACCUUCGCAAGUUUGUCAUGCGAAGCAGCUUGAUCGUGUGGAUCGAUGACGAUGUUGGUAGUUUUGCAUGGUAAACCCAUGUAACAGCUGAGAGCGUUGUAACGUUUGGGAAUCCCAUAGACGACAACUCCAGGCGGAACUCUGUCGAAGACGAGCCACCCAAUGACACCCUCCUCCAGUGGCGGCCUCGACCGGAUUCUGUCCUUUGCCAUGGUCUUGACCCGCGACGGGCGAGCGCAGGUUUCUCUGAAGCAACGCGAUUUGUUGUUGCUCCUAGGUAUCAACAUGCAGGACAAUUCAACUGCAUCGCAAGCGUUGCACUACGAGGACAUGCUAGCUGCUGCGGCGGAGAGUAACGAGGAAAGGACGAGGGGCGGGAAAAAUUUUGCUGACAUCCAGCAAAAUAUUAACAGCAAUUGCUACCAUCUCACGUCCACAAAUUCUCAGUACAAGCAUUUUCAGCCGAUCAGCAAGAAGAAACUGCUGCAGGAGUUGGUUCCGUCUUCGAGCCUGAAGGUCCGGUGCCGAAACCCAAAUUUGACGACCAACGCUCAGUGGAAGUAUUACGUGCUGGACACGGCCGAGAAAAUCCGAGAAGUACAAAACAAAUUUUCGCAAAUCGAGUAUCGCCCCGUGAUUUACGACUUUUUCCUCGAGCUGGAUUACGCAAAGACCUUGCACACUUCGUUGAGUACUACAACUACGGUGAAAAAUGGUAAAAUUACAACUAGUACACCAAUAAAUAACAUGAUGCUGAACAAAGUCUGUCGCAACCUUCACCUCCGCUUUGAGAUGCAUGAAGACAUGAAGCUGAUGUACGGCACUUGGCGAAUCGCGGAGAGGGACGAAAAUCCGCUGCAAUUAUCAGCCGAGAUAAGAGCAACUGCAGCUCAGCAAACUGGCACAGGAACUACAACUACAGCGGGACCGGGCGUGGUCUCUCUUUCCCAACAGCAGCAGGUGGAUGUGAAAGAGUUAAAAUGGAACAGUUUGUGCUUUGCAAAACGAAAGUUGUUCUCAAACUUUGUGAAUGCGAAGACGAACGAAAUCUGGGACGAGCAGGCGUGUCUGAUUGAAACGUUGGACCGGCGGGUCAUCCCCCAGUGCGGACUCUUCGGCAUCAACUCGGACACCGAUGUCGAGUUGAGCCAACUUUUAGUGAAGCAGUUGAACAGCGGCAGCUACUCGGGUGGAGGAGGUGUUGCGAAUGCAAAUAGUAGCUCUAAUGUAACAACUGCUGGCGCAUCAUUAAGUGGCUACGAGUCGAAACUACUUCAAACCGCGUUUGUGCUUGCCGAUCCAAAUUUACACGUGAGUCUCGCGCGGGGCUUGUGCAGCGUGAGGCAAUGGAGCAUGCUGAAUUCUGGCGCUGCUGGUUCGACAACUACCGGCACUUCUUCUACUGCGUCGCAACAUCAAGAACUCUUGACCAACAAGAAAAACAAUAAAUCGCAAGAGCCUGUUGCUGGACUUUCUGUGCUUAUCAAAUCUCUCGCUGGGGUCGAGGAGCAAAACCAAAAGCCGCGCGGCGGCGAAGACCCGGGGGGUGGACCAAAAGGUGACCAAAAGAGCAUCUUCGACCGUAGCAAGACCCCACCACUCGGAAGCAAUGUGGGGCUCAUGCAAGGCAGAAAUGCAGGCAGUGGUCGAACAGAGAAAACGCCACGGCUGCUAAACUCAGAAGAUUUAAUGUUCGCUUCCAAAAAAGCAGCGGGAGCAAACAAAUCGCCCACCAAAAUUGCGGCUAAGCAGCAUCAUGACAAAGAAACCGAUCAGAAAGAGAAAGACGACGGCAACAGCCUCCCUGUACCAAAAAACAGUUGCGAGGCCGCGGAAUUCCUUUCACUGGCUUUGCUGUGGCUCGCAGCGCACGUCACUCAGCUGUACGAAAUCAGAGCGGCAAGAACGAUGACGACGACGAGUACAACUACUAAUCGCAGUGAAAUUGGUGGUAGUAGAGCACAAGAUUCAUCUCGCAAGCCCAACAAUUCCUCGACCAAGAAGGUUCCGCCUUUCGAGCAUUUCUUCGAAACCAUACUGUUAGUCCCGUCACAGCCGCCGUCCGUAGCAGGCCCCGCUAGAGGAACGGUAGGUGGAGGUCCAUCCUCUUCAGCGCGAACAAACAGCACACGGGCCGGUGGCUCUGGAUUUCUUCCUCCAAAUCCUCGACCAUCUUCGCAACAGUCCUCUGCUGGAGGUUCAGAACCGCAGCUGCAGCCAGUGUCUGUUGCGUUGCUGCGAUUGCCACGGCACGUGUUCAACCACUCCUGGGAAACGCCACAGAAACUCUUUCAAUCCGGCGGCACGAACGCGGAAGCCGAACUGGAAAGCGCUUUUUAUAACGAGGAAGACGACCUCCAGCACCUCGUGAACAAGCAAGGAUCUUCAAACCACGGAACAAAAAUUAAGGACAACAAUUCUACUUCUUGUCCUUCCCAUUCCGCCAAGCAAACCUUCGCCACCCUGUGUCUCCUCGCAUUCACGCUUCGCCACUUAUGCACUGCAAAAGUAUCGCUAUCGUACUCGUAGUCAUGAUUCCACGACCCUCGUCGCAUGACCAAUCUACUUUAGUGACUGAAUCAACAUUACAGAUUCCAUUUUUGUUUCUGAAAAAAAUCGUAAAUGCAAUUCCUACUAGUACUAUUCUAUGCUUUUGCAAUGCAUACCACUGCUGGGGCGCCGAUCACCUUUCGUUGCAGCCGACGUUACUGGAACUGAAGCCGGUGAUUGAAACUGGGUUGGAGAUGAGGAAAAUGGCGCCAGAAAAUUCUUGCGAAAGCAAUGGGGUGGUGAGAAACUUGGACAAAGAGGACUACGAGAAUCUGAUAUUAAACGAUGUUGAGCAGCAUCAUGCGGUUGCGGGGCUUGAUCAUCACAACGGACGAGGGGACGACACCAGCAAAAACAGUACAUCAAGUACAAGACCGUCAAAAAUCUCCUGGGCAGUCCAGUUGUGGCUGCAGACCGUUCUGAAUGUCUGCGGCUCCGAAGACCGAGCGACGAGGUUCAACGCGGACAUGCGAACAACGGUUCUAAAUUUUCUCUGCGAUACCGUGGUGCGCAAAUCGGUGUUCGGGUGCUUCAUCACGCUGUCGCUGUUGGCGAAGAUGUUUUUUAAACUGUCCAGCAAAACGAACUGGGCGAAGAAGAAAGACGCGGACUACCUGAAGAUCCUCGCGAAGACGGGGAGGAUACAGGAUGAACGCAAUGCGGAUGGUUUUUUUCACUUUCAAAAAUGGUUCGAAUCUAUUGUCGACGCGUACGACAGUCUGAAUUUGCAAAACGUGAGCAGCAACGCAGAUUUAAGAGAGGGGGAUGACCAUUUCAUGCACGAAGAGUGGUACUCCUGCGAGUUCCACGAACGGGCACCUCAUUGAAAUUGAUGUUAAACGAGAUCCGGCUGGCGCUGGUGGGGCUUCAUCUCCGAUUUCCAACCGUCCCCAACUGCAACGUCGUACUACUAUACAUGCAGAUAUAAGUUGUAGUAGUAGAUUGCAAUGAAUCAGAAUCGCAUUAGGACUACGACAAGCACAUGCGAGAAGAGCUGCCAUGACCUCC